AUGGAUCGUAAUUGGAUGAGAGCUAAUCGAUUAAGUGCUGAGUACGAACAUGGAGUGAUGAAAUUUCUACAGUUUGCUGAAAGUAAUGCUAAAAAAGAUCUUCCUCCUCCUAAAAGUAAUGCGGAGGAAAGUCUUCCUACGCUUAUUCUCUGUCCAUGUGUUCGCUGUGCAAAUCAAGAACCAAAAGUUAGUAAGAAAGAAAUCAUGAAUCAUCUAAUUUGUGAAGGGAUUUGUCAAAGUUAUACACAAUGGAUAUGGCACGGUGAAGUAGUAGCAAAGUCAAACGUGUCCCAAAGAGAUAAUGUUAGUGUAGAAAUGGAUGAUCGUUUGGAAGACAUGAUGCAUGAUAUUGGACAAGAUUCGUUUAAGAGGGCACAUGCGUAUGAUAGUUUAUGCAAUGACAAGGAUACACCUUUGUACCCGGGAUGCACAAAUUUUACUCGUUUGUCAGUCAUGUUAAAAUUGUUUAAUCUGAAGGCAAUUAACAGGUGGACUGACAAAAGUUUUACCGAAUUGCUUGAAUUGUUGACACAAAUGCUUCCAGAAGAAUAUGUAAACUAUAACCAUUGUCCGAAGUGCAAGGCGUCACGCUACAAAAAGAGACAUGGUGAAUCUACUGAUGAUGAGGAGGUCAAAAAGGGUCCUCCCGCGAAAGUGGUAUGGUACCUACCGAUAAUUUCAAGGUUCAAGAGAUUAUUCUCUAAUGCAAACGACGCAAAGAAUCUUAGAUGGCAUGCAGAAGAAAGAAAAUGUGAUGGACAAAUCCACCACGUAGCUGAUUCUUUGCAAUGGAAGAAAAUAGAUUAUUUGUUUCCAAAUUUUAGCAAAGAUUCGGGAAACCUUAAACUUGGACUUUCUACUGAUGGAAUAAAUCCGUUUGGCCCAAAACAACCAGGAAAUGACAUAGUUGUUUAUCUAAGUCCACUGAUCGAUGAUUUAAAAGUGUUGUGGGAGGAAGGGGUGGAUGUUUUUGAUGCGCAUUCUGGUGAACAGUUCAAUAUGCGUGCCAUGUUAUUUUGCACCAUCAACGAUUUUCCGGCAUAUGGUAAUUUGUCUGGGUAUAAAGUUAAAGGGCAUAAAGCGUGUCCUAUAUGUGAAAAAGACACAUGUUACAAUCAGCUUGAAAAAGGAAAGAAGACUGUUUAUCUCGGGCAUCGAAAAUAUCUAAAUCGUUAUCAUCCAUAUCGUAGAUUGCGGAAUGCUUUCAAUGGGGAACAAGAGCAUGGUGUUGCUCCAAAGCCUUUAACUGGAGAGGAAGUUUAUCAACGACAACAGGGCAUUACUAUUGUCUUUGGAAAGUACCAAAAGCGGCCUAUUGUGAAAAAUAUAUGGAAAAAGAGGUCGGUUUUCUUCGAUCUUCCAUAUUGGUCUAGUCUUGAGGUAAGACAUUGUAUUGAUGUGAUGCACGUGGAAAAAAAUAUAUGUGAUAGUGUAAUUGGAACACUUCACAACAUUCAAGGCAAGACAAAGGAUGGUAUUAAUGCUCGUCUAGAUUUGGGCGUGAUGGGUAACAAGACGUAUUUGCCUCCAGCAUGCUACACUUUGUCGAAAAAAGAGAAAACAAGUUUUUGUGAGUGUUUAGAAAGUAUCAAAGUACCGCAUGGUUACUCAUCAAAUGUCAAGAGGCUUGUAUCGGUUAAAGAUCUCAAAUUAGUUGGCUUAAAAUCUCAUGACUGUCAUGUCUUAAUGCAACAACUACUACCAGUAGCUAUUCGUGGGAUAUUGCCUAACAAUGUUAGGAAGACUAUAACUAGGUUGUGCUUGUUUUUAAAUGCAAUUUAUUGCAAAGCCAUUGAUCCAUUAAAGUUAGAAGAUUUGGAAAAUGAGGCUGCAGUUAUCUUGUGCCAAUUAGAGAUGUUUUUUCCUCCAUUUUUUGACAUUAUGGUUCACUUGAUUGUUCAUCUAGUAAGGGAGAUUAGAUUAUGUGGGGUUCCUAAGUCUCGUAAUGAUGGAAGAGGUGAGGGUGUGGGUACACAAGGUUUAAAGAUCAAGAGCUUAAGUAUUGAUGUGGUUGUUCAAGCGCAUUUGUAUAUAUUAAAUAACACGGAUGAAGUUCAACCUUACUUAUCUGCUCACAAAAGCAUCAUAAAGAAAAAGUACCCCAAGAUGAAUAAAAAAGGGUUGUUAAAAGAGCAUAAUAAGAGUUUCUCUGAGUGGUUUAAAGAAAAAAUUGCUGGUGAUGAUAGUGCUUCAAAAACAAUUAAGUGGUUGUCCUAUGAGCCUAAAUGUAACAUAAUAACUUGGAGUGAAUAUGAUAUUAAUAAAACUUCCUUUUAUAGAAAGUCAAAGGAUGACCGUAGUACCACCCAAAAUAGUGGGGUUAUGAUUUUGGCCGAGUCCAUGCACUUCUCUAGUGCAAAAGAUAAAAACCCGGUUAUGGCAUCUACACCCUACUUUGGGGUGAUUGAAGAGAUUUGGGAAGUUGAUUAUGUUGUGUUUAAAGUUCCUGUUGAUCUUAGCAAGUUAGCUUAUGCAGACGAACCUUUCAUCAUGGCAUCUCAAGCAAAACAAGUUUUAUAUGUCACAGAUCCUUCUAAUAAAAGGUGGUCAGUUGUUCUACAAGGAAAGGUGCAUGAUAGUGAUGAAAAUCAAGAUGCGAAUCUUGAUAUUUCUGAAACUCCUCCUUUCUCAACAAAUGUGCCUACCUUCAUUGAAGAAAAUGUAGAGGAUGAUGUGCAUGCUAUUCGCAUAGAUCAUGAAGAAGGGAUAUGGGAGAACUAG